AUGAAUCCCCAUCAGCAGAACAAGAUCGAUACUAGCAAAAUGAGCCCGGAUGAGCAGCGGCUUUUCCGCCUCUAUGGCAAGAUGCCCACCAAGAAAGACCUCCUGCAGAACAAACUGAAGGAGCGCAAAUACUUUGACUCGGGUGACUACGCACUCAGCAAGGCUGGAAAGGCUUCGGACGUCGGUGUCACCAACAUCGGCUCCCAGCAUCCCGUCCCGGAGAACAUUCCUCAUCUGACUGCUACCUCGCCUGGUGCUAACAACCCUGCGGCUGCAAGCAAUGGCGGCAGCAUUAGUGCUCAGGGUGGCCAGCAGAUCCCUGGUAGUAUCAGUGGCCAUCCGGGCUCCAUCGGAUUUCAGAGCCGAAGCCCGGUGAAGGAGGCAAGUUAUCUGCAACGGGAAACAAGUGCGGAUGAGACCGAGGAGGCCGAGAAGAAGGAAGAUGACAGCGUGAGCCCACCCCCUGCGCGUGGCGGUGUUCCGAUCCGGCAAUAA